GGGCAAAGUUGGCCUCAGGGCCAAGGGGCGCUUCAAUUUUAUGCUAUCAGUGCUAUCACUGACAGUGCAAGCGGGUGAAAGCAUGUCCCCUGCCACCGCGUGAAGACCCUCUGGCUUGCCCCGAAGAAGUCCUCCCAACUCCCGACGCUGGCACAGAGUUAGUCGCACACAGACCAGGCACCGGCAUUGGCGCUUCUGCCGGGGCUCAAGAGUCAUGUCGUCUGCGGUGACCGUAUGCUCGGUGGUCCCCUUGAGAGAAGUUUCUGCAGUUGGGGCUGGUGGCAGUUUGUUGCGCGACGGACACGCGCUCAUGACUAUACCGCACAACGUUAGGCUGCCAAUUCACGCCAGGGCGCCAAUUCACACCGGGGCGCCACAUCACGCCUCGCUGUCACCUCGCCCCAGUCUCCUCUCUCCUUCCAGAAGGAUGGACCCUCCUACGAGGCGAACGUCACCCAGGAGGGGGGCGCAGCGCUACGCUGACGGGGUGGCGAGUGAGAAAGGAGACGACCGGUCAGAUGAAGUUGUUGUCCUUGAUGUUGGGGGCAUGUCUUGCGGGGGCUGCGCAUCGGCUGUCAAACGGAUUCUCGAAUCACAGCCGGAAGUCAGUUCCGCCACGGUCAAUCUCGCCACCGAGACUGCUCUGAUCCAACUGGAGCCGUCUGCUGAAAGCGACGGCAAGAAGGAAAAAGUAGCUGAACAACUAGCAGCCCAGCUUACGAAAGCCGGCUUCAAAUCAACACUGCGAGUUAAGAAGGCCUGACGGAAGGGGGUUGCAGUCGUUCGGAAGAGAGUAGCUAGUUGCGAGACUUUGUUGCAAGAUCAGUCUCAAUGUGUUACCGGACUAGCAAAGGUUUUAGGUGGAAGAGAAGAAAGUCUGAGGAGUAGGAAAGGUGCAGAUGUGCACAAACGAAGGUUCCAGGGGUAGCUGGAGUGUGCCUGCUUUUGAUUAGUUUAUAAGGUUGCAUUUGGAUUCAGCAUAACAGUAGCUAGAGAAGACAUCAAACAGGGGAUUGUGUAUUGUACUAAGAGAGGAUUUGAUGAUUUUGCAAGGCUGCUGGAACUGUAUUCACUAAUGAUUCAUGUCGUAUCUAUCAUCAAUGUUGCUGACAUCCGGUUUGCUGACCC